AUGUCGCGAUACGGUAGCUACACCGUCGAAACGGAGCUACAGGUAGCACCUGAACACUGGUACAGAGAAGCUCUUUCCAGCAGGGGAACCGCCGGUAACAACCAGCUGUCAGUGGGACCAGUAUGGACGUUGGAGCCACCAAGAUUCAACAACGAGGCUCAGCGAAUCCUCAGAGUUCGGAUUUCUCCAGACCAUGCUCUAACAAACUCUUCGGUUUCUCUAUUGACCGUUCACCGUCCAUCUAUAUACACUCCUCUCGACAAACUUCGAGGACAAUUCCGAGUUCUCGUCCUGAAGGAAGGCUCGUGGGAUGAUCCUAUUGUUUGCAAGCUCGCGAUUCAAAGCCUGGGUGAUAAUCUGCAGAAUUACGCCGCACUUUCGUACACUUGGAAUGACUCAGUGGAUGCUACACAAGAUGAGCCAGAAGGCCACCACUAUAUCAAAGUUAACCAUGAGAGAAUUUCGAAAUUAGCACCAACCUCCUACAUGCUUUGCACCACCUCCGGCACCCAACAGCGCCUAGGAUGA